GGCCCUUCUCACCCUCCUCCCAGAAUCUACUUUACUCUUCUUCUCCUGUUCUCUGCACUUAUCAUUCAUACCAAUAUCAUAUCAGCAAGAUCCAGUUUAUUUGUUUUUUUACAGAAGAAAACAAGGUUUUUAAAUUUCUUCUUCAUUAUACAGAAGAAUGAAGUCAGCUGCACUAUAUUACACUGGGUGUGAAGAUCACCACUACCAACCUCAUUUUCUUGAUGCUUGCACUCUUUGCCAAAGGCCCUUGGCUCACAACAGUGACAUCUUCAUGUACAGAGGGGAUACACCAUUUUGUAGCGAAGAAUGCAGACAAGAGCAGAUAGAAAUGGAUGAAGCUAAUGAAAGAAAAUGGAAACUUUCUGCAUCAAAGAGAUCCUCACGAACAAAAACUGAAACCCCAACCAAAGAAACUGAUGCAAAUAAAGCUGUGAGAAAUGGCACAGUUGCAGUCGCUUGAAUCGAUUAAAUCAUGAAUGAGGAAGCGACAAGUCAAAAAAUUAAAUAAAAAAAGGGAAGAAAAUGGUUUCUGAUGCUGCAAGUAGUUUUACGAUAUGCAGAAAAAUAAGGAUGAAUUUCGACACCUUAAAAAAAAUCUUGUGUAAAGAUAUGAUGGGAAUCACGAAGAAGAUGAAGAGAGUGAAUCCCAUCAAACAAUUUUGUUGAAUCUUUUUUUUCUUUUUGCGGUUUCUAAUAUUUCCUUUUGUGAAAUAUUUGUGGAUGUAAAUUAAAUGGGCGUCCAUAUAUGGAAUCUGAGAUCUCUAAUCUUUGUAAUCUUCA